AUGUGGAAGAGAGGGAGAACAUUGGGGAAAGGAGGCUUUGGCUUCGUUUCGUUAGCUUCCUCUGAUGAUACCAAUUUCACUGCUACUGUUCAUCAUUGUCUAAUUCUAUCACUGAUUGUGGUAAAGUCUAGUAUGUUCAGCCAUUCUGAAUCGCUUCAAGUAGAGAGGGAAUUUCUCCACUUGUUCGAAGAUUCUCCUCACGUUAUUCGCUCUUUCGAUGUUAAAGUUACGCUAGAAGACGGUGUUCUCCUUUACAACUUAUUGUUAGAAUAUACAUCUGAUGGAAGCUUGGCGGAUCGCUUGAAUUGUUCAGGGAAAGGAAUGCCAGAGGUUGAAGUUAAAAAACACACCAAAAGCGUCGUUUUAGGGCUUAUUCGCAUUCAUGGCGUGGGAAUCAUUCACUGCGAUAUAAAUCCUCACAACGUUCUACUUAUUACUCCUACUGAUGAUGAUACAACAGAGAUUGCCAAGACCGCUGAUUUCGGUCUUGCUAUGACUUUGGAACAGAGCUGGACACAAAAGCAAGGACUCAGGGGAACCAAAAGGUACAUGGCACCUGAAUUCAUGCUUAAGCGGGAGUACGGUCCAAAGGCGGACAUCUGGGCUCUUGGUUGCACUGUCUACGAGUUGAUCACUAGGACACCCCAAUGGGAAUCAUCCAAUUCUUAUGCAAAGGUUGAUGAUGUGUUAUACCGAAUCGGGUAUGAGGAACCAAGUUUUGAGAAUGCGAAACUGUCAGCAAAGGCAAAGGAUUUUGUGAGAAGUUGUCUGGUCAAGAAUCCGAGCUCGCGUUGGACUACCGACAUGCUCUUAAAUCAUUCUUUUCUGAAAUCAGCCAACAAUGUGCAGCCUGCAACAAAGACAAGGAAGAAGCAAUGUGGUUACAUGUCCCUUUUUGCGUAGACCCCAUCGAAAGACAACAUUCAAGACACGACCACACAGUCGCAAUUUGGUUAUAGAACAUUGAUGCAUGAUCAGAAUGCACCUGCUGAAUCUGAAGAAAGUAGAGAACGGAAUUCGUGAAAGGCUGCUAGCUACUGACAGUAGAUAGAUGAU